AUGUUCAAAGACUUUGCGCAGAAAAUAUCACACUUGGGUGGCCGGGGUUCCCAGAGUUCGCAACAUAAUGGCACUACUGCCGGGGUUGUCAUGGUCAAGGAUUCCGAUGUGGAGUCCAGAGACGCUACAUCCACCACGGGGUCGCCUGAGUUUAGGGACAUGGAGAAGGAGGGCCAUCUCGGGGACAAGUCCGAUGUCGUCUCCCAGGUUCAUUCCAUGGACUCGAAUGAGUCGUAUCUAUUCCGGUUGGUGUCCAAGCUGAAGGCAGAGGUGAAAGGUAUCGAGCCGAUCACAGACGAGGAGAAGACAGAGAGGAACCCGUUGCACGCGGCCAACAUGUGGUUCUCUGCAAACUUGGUGCUUUCCGCGUUCGCGGUCGGUGCGCUUGGUCCCUGUAUCUACGGUCUUAACUUCGGGGCGUCCUGUCUGACGAUCCUGUUCUUCAACUUGCUCGGUGUGUUCCCAGUGGCCUAUUUCUCCGUGUUCGGUGCCAGGACCGGGAUGAGGCAGAUGAUUCUAUCAAGGUACCUGAUGGGUAACCUCACGGGGAGGUUCUUCUCCCUGAUCAACGUUGUAUCCUGCGUCGGGUGGUGUGUCUUGAACACAAUUGUCUCCGCGCAACUGCUGAACAUGGUGAACCACUCGGGCCACAGGUGUCCCCUGUGGGCUGGGUGUCUGCUUGUGUUGGGGCUGACGGUGGUCAUUUCGUUCUUUGGGUACAAAGUGAUCCACACGUACGAGCAAUGGUCCUGGAUCCCCAACUUGGCUAUCUUCUUUGUGAUUGCAGCAAGGUUGCACAAGUCUGGGAAAUGGAGUAACGGUGACUGGGCAGGUGGUCCAACAACCGCCGGUGGCGUGUUGUCCCUCGGGUGUGCCGUAUUCGGGUACGCUGGUGCGUGGACCACGUACGCCGCGGACUUCACGGUGUACUUGCCACGCAACUCCAACAAGACGGUGAUCUUUCUGAGUCUGUUCUGCGCACUGAGCGGGGCCCUGUGCUUCUCGAUGUUCUUGGGGGCCGCCUGCGGGAUGGGUGCAGUGAACGACCCGGUAUGGGCGAAACUGUACGAGGAGAACGCCGUCGGUGGGAUCAUCUACGCGGUACUCGUGCCCAAGUCCUUACACGGGUUCGGUGAGUUCUGUUGCGUUGUGUUUGCGCUGUCGACCGUGGGGAACAACUUGCCCAACAUGUACACUGCUGCGUUAUCCGCACAGGCCCUGUGGGAACCCUUUGCGCGUGUCCCACGUGCGUUCUGGACCGUUGCAGGGAACGGUGCCGCAUUGAGCAUCGCCAUCCCCGCGUGUUACUUCUUCGUCAGUUUCUUGGAGAACUUCAUGAACACGGUCGCUUACUACAGUGCGAUCUACAUCACUCUCGGGUUAUGCGAGCACAUCAUCUUCAGACGCUGCGACUUCAACUCGUACGACCCUGCGGACUGGAGGAACAGCAGGAAGCUGCCCAUCGGGUACGCUAGUUUCACCGCCUUCUUCGUCAGCGCGUUCGGUGUCGCCCUGGGGAUGGACCAGACCUACUGGGUCGGCGAGAUCGCCAGACUCAUCGGCAAGAACGGCGGGGACGUCGGCCUCGAGAUGGGUGCCUCGUGGUCCUUCAUCGUCUACGUCAUCCUGAGACCCCUCGAGCUGAAGUACGUUGGCCGGUGA